AUGGUCGAUACUGGUUUAUGUGAAGGCAGCCAACACACGUCCAUGUCUGCUCAAGUACACACGAACUUCCUAGAUGGGUUCCACUCAGGACGCACGCGAAAUGCCCCUACCGUCCGCCCGUACCAUCCUGUUGGGUACUUGGGCGCUUUGUGCCCAACAUCCUCACUCCAUCUUGUCGAGGAUCCUUACACCCCUAACAUGUCUGGAUAUGGAUAUCCCUCAUCUUACCCAGAACAACCUGACUUUUCCUCAUACACGACAGCCUACCCCGGUUUUGCACCAUACACCCAGACACGGAUGAAUGAGUACUUUGCACAGUACCAAUGCUACCUACCGCAGCCGUACCAAAUCCUCCCAGACUUUUACACGCAACCGAUCGCUCAGCCAGUCAGACAGCUACUGCCAAGAACAAUGACACAACACCUCCCGACGGCCUUAAAUGCUUGUCAGCCAAUCUUCGAUGUACCUUUGAACUAUGAGGAGCCCAGGGCUCGGUGGUCCUCACAGGCUAGCCCGAACGAGCAGUUGCAAAGCAUAGCGCAGACUCAAAGCCAAAGUCACAAUCAGAGUCUAGAGAGGUGA